AUGUUUGAAACGGCCAAAACCGCCCACGUAAUUAAAGGAAUGCAGAACUAUAAACUGCAUAUUCUUGGAAUUAGUGAAAGCAGGUGGACAGGGUUUGGACAAUCCACAACAGGUACAGGAGAAACCAUAAUAUACUCUGGAAGAGAUGAUAACCUACAUUCUGCAGGCGUGGCACUUAUUUUAAAGAAAGGUAUACACAAACAUCUCAUCGAGUGGCAUCCAAUCAAUGAAAGAAUAAUGACAGCACGAUUCAAUGGCAAACAUGCCAAACUUACAGUCAUCCAAUGCUACGCACCGACUAAUGAAGAUGAAGAAACAUUCUAUAGGAGACUGCAAGAGGUAGUAGAUAAAGUACCAGCCCAUGAUAUUCUAUGCAUUAUGGGAGAUCUCAAUGCAAAAGUUGGUAACAACAACUUGAAUAGAGAACUAUCAAUGGGAAAUCAAGGAUGUGGUACAAUUAAUGACAACGGGGAAAGAUUGAGCGACUUCUGCACGGCGAAUAGACUUGUUAUAGGAGGAACACUAUUUCCUCACAAGAACAUACACAAGCUUACAUGGAUAUCCCCAAACAGAAGAGAUGUAAACCAGAUCGACCAUUUCAUGGUAAACAGAAAAUGGCGUGGGUCCCUACUCGAUGUGCGUGUCAAAAGGGGAGCAGAUGUGGGAAGCGACCAUCACCUUGUAGUCGCUCUACUACGACUUAAACUCAAAAAAGUUUACACGCAAGUUAAGACACAGACAGCACGUUACAAUGUUAACCUUUUAAGAGAAAAAUACAUUGCCACUAAAUUUAUAGUUGAACUCAAGAAUAGAUUUCAAACCCUAUCAAGUGACCCAGAAACUCCAACUACAAUCAGCAUUCAAGACAGAUGGAACCAGAUCAAAGAAACAUACAAAUCAACUAGCAAUAAAAUAUUAGGAACCAGGAAACAACACCACAAAGAAUGGAUAAGUAGUCAAACCAUGGACUAUAUUGCCAAGCGAAAAAGAAUAAAGAGCCUCAUAAAUCACACUAAAUCAGAACGUCAGAAAGACAAACUAAUGUUAGAAUAUAGCGAACUAAAUAAAAUGACCAAGAAAAGUGCCAGAGCUGACAAGAGAAGAUUUAUGGAAAAUCUUGCACAAACAGCAGAAAAUGCUGCUAAAGCACAUGAUCUACAAACCCUACACAAAAUUACCCAGCAAAUUUGCGGAAACAGAAACAACUAUCACAGCAUACCCAUCAGAGAUAACCAAGGCAGACUGCUCACCACAGAACAAAAACAAGACAUGCAGUGGACUAAACACUUCUCCGACCUCUUAAACAGACCUGAUCCUGAAAAUACCCCAGAAAUUCAACCAGCCUCUCAGGACAUUGACAUUAUUACUGAACCAACAAGCAAACAAGAAAUCCUUAAAGCUAUCCACACUUUAAAGUACAACAAAGCACCAGGCAAAGGCGAAUUGUCAGCAGAACUUCUCAAAGUAGAUCCCAAAACAACUGCUAGCAUUCUAGAAACAUU